AUGGAGAAAUUCAUCGAUUCAGAAACGUUGAGCGAGAUGAAGGAGGCGUUCGGGGUCUUUGACCAAAAUGGCGACGGGCGCAUCUCAGAUUCUGAACUGAACACGGUGCUUACCACGAUGAACAACGGCACACCGCCCGACCCAUCCUUGCUCCAGCAGAUGAUCGCUGAACUGGAUAUCGAUGGCAACGGUACGGUGGAGCUGGAGGAGUUCCUCCAGUGGAGCAUUCGCAACAAAGAAGCGAAUGGCGCCGAGCAGCAGCUGCGAAGCGUGUUCGAUGUCUUUGAUAAGAACAAGGAUGGCUUCAUCGACACCAGCGAGCUCACCCAGGUGAUGGCAGAGAUGGGCGAACGGCUGUCGGCCGGGGAGAUCGCGGAAAUGAUGCUCACCCACGACCUUGACAGUGACGGUCUCAUCUCGUUCGAGGAGUUCAUGAUCAUGAUGACGGGCAAGGGGAAGAAGGAUUUCAUCAACAAGAUGAACCAGGCGAUACUUGAAAAGGAGGAGGAAGAGCGCAAGCAGAGAAAGGAGGAGAAGAAGGAGCGAAAGGAGAGACGAAAGAAGGAACGAGAGGAGAGGCACCUCAGAAGGUGUGCCAGAGCCGAACGGAAGGAGCGAGAGAGGCAGCAACAGCAGCAAGAAGAAGAGGAGAACCACGACUGA